CUGCUCCAUCUGAAGCUCUUACUUCAAAUUGGCCAAUGACGUCAAAGUCCAUUGUCCAAAUUGGCAAUCAGAAGCGGCCUGGAGGAGGACUACGCAAGUUGGAAUGCUACACAAGUCCUUCCAAUGCCCAAACCCGAAAGCACUCAUCCUCCACAAUGGUGAGUACUACUCCGAGGACAACGAAAAGGAGAAGGCAGCAGAUGAUGAGUUCACACACAAGGAGGUGGAUGAGAACCUCGAAAUGGAACCUCCAGGAGAGCAUUUUCUCGUCAACAGGAGAGCCCUCACCAUUGAAGCCGUCAGUGAAUCACAGCAGCGUGACAACCUGUUCCACACCCGCUGCACAAUCCAAGGGAAAAUGGCGUCAAUGGUGAUUGACGGAGAGAGAGCUAUACGAAUGUCAUCAGCUUGGAAACUAUACGAAAGCUCGGAUUGAGCACGAGCAAGCACCAUAAACCCUACAGCCUUCAUGGGCUUAAUGAUCAUGGCGCUGUGAAAGUGACGAAACAUGCAUGGGUUGAAUUCAAAAUCGAUCAAUAUUGUGAUCGAAUUCACUGUGACGUAGCUCCAAUACACGUUGCACACCUACUGUUGGACCGACCAUGGCGGUAUGAUCGUGGAGUUACCCACCAUGGAAGAUCGAACUGUUACACCUUUGCACAUGGAGGGAGGAAACUGAAGCUGAAACCCAUGUCACCGGCUAAGGUUCGUGAAGAUCAACGUCAUCUUGAAGCAACACGCGCAAAAGGGGAGGGAGAAUCGAGUAGUACGCGGGGGAAGGAAAUGAGUGUGCUCGUUCACAGGAUAGCUCUCACGGCUCUCCGACGCGAAAAAAUGCGGCCAGCAGCGACAACCCAACAUCCAUGUGUUCGGACGACGUUGAGACAGGGGAAGAGAGAGGGUGAAUGGGGUGGAGAGUUAUGAAGCAUCUCACGUGGAUCAAUCUGCGUCGAUUCACCCCCAACUGAUGAAUCGAAUUCGAGUACAAUUGGAUCUGGAAACACCUAAACAUGACCAAAAAUUGGAGUUAUGGGUUGGAAAGGUCAGGAGCGAUCCGACACAAAUUGGCGAUGUGGAGUCAUUACAAAGGGGUGCAGAAAGCUUUAGGAAUCAUCAAUUGGGGGCGGCGAUACCAGAAAUCAAAAGCCCCAAUUUGACAAACACAAGUCUGGGUUCGUCCUUUUUGAAUGAUGACCAUGGCGGGAAACUUCAAGACAGCCAUUCGUCGUGGAUGGAGGAGAUUCGAUGUUGGAAAUCAAUGCAGAAAUUCAAUUGGAAACCAGGCAAACCUCAGGAUUGUGUCGAAUUAUGCUGGGAAUCACUGUGGACGAAAACCUCAAUCUGCUCGACGAUGAACAAUGUUUCAGAGUUCAAAAACAGAGUGUUCGAGCAGCCUACAUUAGAUCCAAUUUGGGAUAAAUUUUGUCUCAUUUGAAGGAAAAAAGGUCCAAGCUUUGAGGGUAAAACUUUUUCAAUAGGGGGGCUUGAUAUGAUCUCAAAUCGUUGGCAUUCGAGGCUUCCCUGGAUUGGACAAGAAGCAUGGUUAACGAGGGACAAAGAAUAACUAAUUUGGCUAAGUGUUUUUGACGUUUCAGGUUGCUCAUUUUGGAGGCUUGGCUCUCUCGAUUUUCUCCAUGGAAAUUCUAGUUUGACGGCUUGUUUUAACUGUGGAAAGUUCCUUUACAAUGUGGAAGACUUGAAGGUUGAAUUUGAAGCCUGGAAGGCCGUGAUCAAAGCCAUCCCAGUGGCUAAUGCGAAACCGAGAAGCUUUCCGAUUUUUACUAAGUCAAAACACGAGUAUGAGGAGCUGACUUUGAGGCUUCAUAUCUGGAGUUUGAGAAAGAGACAGGAGGUGAUUCAAGCUGGUAAAGAUAGAGUGAAACAUUCUAAACCCAGAACGGGAAUUGGUUGAUCUCGACUUAGCUGGGAACGGGAGGAUUGAAGGGUCCAAAGAUGCAAGCUGGAGCUUCCAUAAAUUUGAGUUCCAUUCGGAUUCCAUGUUCUUUGCGAAAUUACUUGUUAGUUCAUUUCCCAGUUGAAUUAGGUUAACUUUAGUCCUAGUAUUAGUUUUUUUGUAGUUGAUUAAGCCUAUAAAAGGCCUCGUUCCCGAGUUGUAACACAUAGACUUGAUUUAUGAAGAAAACCCCAAAUUUUCCAACGUUUGAGUUGUGAAUUGUCUUGGUUUUGGUUGUGAUCAAAACUUGCUGAAUCUCGGCCUAUUAAUCGAGCUAUCCCACUCGAUUACAUCAAAGGCAUCCUUAUAGCGAUUGUGCCUCCUCCCAGGUGUGAGGAUUCCCUCUUGUUUCCAUCCAAUUUUGUCACAAAACAAGCUUCUCAAGCUUGUUUGGAUUUCCCUGUUUGUGUGGCGUGAGUAAAGGAGCUCAAGUUCC